UUUUGACGACUCACAUUCACCAGUUAACAAAUUCAGUCAGUUCUAUUUUAAUGCCACAGCAGAAUGGCUCCUAGAAGAGAGCCUUUUCCAUUAAGUUUUUAUGCUUUGAAAUGUGUGAUUUAAUGUUAUUUUUAGUAAAAUUACAUACUUGUUUUUGUUUGUUUUAUAGAGACAGGGGAAUGAAACUGCUCUCCUGAGGAUCUUUCUUCUACGAAAGAGCAGGACUUGUCUGAUAGGACAGUGUUUGGAGCAGGAUUUCUCUGAGCGGACAGUAUCUAGAACAGGAUAUGUCUGAGGGGACAGUAAUCUAGAACAGGAUUUGUCUGAAAGGACAGUGUCUGGAGCAGGAUUUGUCUGAGAGGACAGUGUCUGGAGCAGGAUUUGUCUGAGAGGACAGUGUCUGGAGCAGGGAUUUGUCUGAGAGGACAGUGUCUGGAGCAGGAUUUGUCUGAGAGGACAGUAUCUGGAGCAGGAUUUGUCUGAGAGGACAGUAUGGAGCAGGAUUUGUCUGAGAGGACAGUGUCUGGAGCAGGAUUUGUCUGAGAGGACAGUGUCUGGAGCAGGAUUUGUCUGAGAGGACCGUACUGGAGCAGGGAUUUGUCUGAGAGGACCGUACUGGAGCAGGAUUUGUCUGAGAGGACCGUAUCUGGAGCAGGAUCUGUCUGAGAGGACCGUAUCUGGAGCAGGAUUUGACUGAGAGGACAGUGUCUGGAGCAGGAUUUGUCUGAGAGGACCGUGUCUGGAGCAGGAUUUGCCUGAGAGGACAGUGUCUGGAGCAGGAUUUGUCUGAGAGGACCGUACUGGAGCAGGAUUUGUCUGAGAGGACCGUAUCUGGAGCAGGAUUUGACUGAGAGGACAGUGUCUGGAGCAGGAUUUGCCUGAGAGGACAGUGUCUGGAGCAGGAUUUGCCUGAGAGGACAGUGUCUGGAGCAGGAUUUGUCUGAGAGGACCGUACUGGAGCAGGAUUUGUCUGAGAGGACCGUAUCUGGAGCAGGAUCUGUCUGAGAGGACCGUAUCUAACUGUUAUUCCAUAGUGUUUUAAGAAGCAGCAGGGUUUUAGUCAUGAAAGAUAUUGCUCUAUCGCUACUCAGUCGAGGCUGUGGUCAUGUUGUCCAGUCACAUCUGGGCAGUCAAGAUGGACGCCUGGAAGUCUACUUCGAACCUAAGGACUACUAUCAUUGGAAGUCUCAGCCCCCCCUGCUCCGCUUAUCUAAGAGUGGCCGUCUGCUGGGCGGGGAGGAGCCAGCGCUCCCUAAAACCUACAGCACAAGACAGGGACCCCUCUUCCUAUACUACCAGGAAAUGGCCAUGACGUCACCGUUUCUGUCAUCAUGCCCCUCAGUGGCAGAGGACAUCAGGAAGAGGCAGGCCUCCCAACAUUCCAGACAGGAAGUGGAGCUCCAGCUGAACACUCUGCGGGACCUGACGGGAGCCAUACUGGCUUAUGGGAAAAAGCAGCUUCGUGAGGAAGGAGAAGGCAAAGACACCAACCAGCCUGUCCUCCCUCUCCCCUCCAGUCAUGAGACCUACUAUCCUCCCAUCAAGCCCUCCUACCCCAGACACCCCACCAAGGGUUGGACUCCCUUCAGGUCUACCUGGAACCGCCAGGCAGCUCCCACCCACCUGGAGCAGCUUACAGAUGAUCCAGAGCUGUGUAGGGGCCAUGUCAAGACCCCACGCCCCACUCCAGCUACAGGUGGCCUUUAUCUCCCCAGGCCUGGCCAGGCAGUCUCCCACAAUCCCUACAGGCAAACUCAAGUUCCUUUACCACCUAUACCAGAGGUGAACUGCUACACAAGAGACAUAUCUCAUCCAGCAUCAGGUUUGGAGGAGCAGGAGGCUAGGCUACUGAGGGGAGUGAAGCUUGAGGUCAUGGUUGAGACACCCAGGGUUCAGAGGAGUCCCAUCCCAGAGACAGAGCCUCUUUGGCGGGUAGAGAGUACAAGACACCUCCCUGGAGAUCCACCUCACGGACAGGCUGCACAUCAGGAGGUUGGGAGGCCUGUGUUUACAUACCCUGACGACAGUGUGAAAGACUGUGAGGAGGUUGGAGAAGAGAGACCCUGGCCUCUACAGGGAGGAGAGAGACCCUGGCCUCUACAGGGAGGAGAGAGACCCUGCCCUCUACAGGGAGGAGAGAGACCCUGGCCUCUACAGGGAGGAGAGAGACCCUGGCCUCUACAGGGAGGAGAGAGACCCUGCCCUCUGAAGACGGCCUCAGUAGAUUCCUCCUGGAGAAGCAGCCAGCUAUCACACGUCAACUACUAUGGUGGUUACCUGGGUGGGGCCCAGCAGGGACGGACACUGAAACAAGGCAGCACAGACACAAAAAAGGACAACACAUCCUCGGACCCCAGCUUCUCCAGAUUGCAUCUCCCUCCCCUUUUUUCUGGCUCAGUGGUCAGUCUGGACCAGGACAGUAGUAGGAGGAAACCAAGGAGUCCAGGUGGGCUGGGUGGGAAGUUCCUGCCACUCAUACAUGAGGCGUAUGUCAGCUCUGAGGAACCAGCCCAGACCCAGCCGGAGAGGUUGACCCAGACCUAUCCUGUCCAUCCAGCCCACACCAUCCUAGAGCCCCAAGCCCAUCCAGAGAGGGCCCACCUGGAGAAGCCCAGGAGGCUGCUGCUGUCAGUGCUACUACCCCUUGGACAUACAGAAGAGGAGGGGGUUCAGGCUCCGUGUGCUGGUGUCCACUACGAGCCAUCAGAGGAGGAGAGAGGGGAGCCUCACUGUGGAGAGACGGGACACAAAAGAGAGAGCACUAGAAGAGGGGAAGGAGAAGGACGAGGAGGAGGGGGAGUAGGAGGAGGAGGAGGAAGGGGUCUCCCUGAGAAAGGCUCUAAGCAGACCUGGCCUGAGCAGAACGGUCUCUCCCUACUACAGCCUGGGGAAGAGGCUGCUGUCCCCCUGGCUGGUCCCCUGGCUGGUCCCCUAGCUGGUCGGCUCAGAGGCCCAGGUAAACAGAGCUCCAUGGCCAUCUACAAAGACAGAUCUGAUGUCCAUGCCCCCUGGGACCCCUCCGAUCCUGGGAGGGCCAUGGUCAGAGGCAGCCUACCCCUGGAGCUCAGAGAGUGGCAGCAGCAGACAGGCAGAUCCCAGGGCACCUUGAUCUUGGGUCCUGAUGGUGAGGUUAUACAGAUGUCCCCGUGGGACCCUAAUAAUAUGUCUGCCACUGAGGACCAGCCCGCCCUUACCUCUGCUCUGGACAAGGUCACACGAGACCAUGCUCUCCAGGUCCUAACCUCAGAGGGGGAGCUACCCUGGGUCCUACUGAUGCAAACACAGUCUAUAGCCACAGGGGAUGCCAGCAAUCCCGAAGGACCCCCAACCAACAUGGAACAAUGUGAAUUAGUCCAAACGGUAGGAUCUGAUGGACAAACUGUCCUGUCUGGUGGCCAGAGACAUAGACAGGGACCUGAAUCUUCCAGGAACAGAACUACAGGGAAACAGCUGCACCCAGACACUCAGAGACCUGGAGGAAGUGAUAAACACAUGGCUGCUGUCAGCUACAACAGCAGGACAGUGGAGAUACCAAGACAGGAGGAAGGGAAGGAGGUGAGGAGGGAGGAAGCUGAGGAGAAGUCUACAACAAGGAAGAGGAGCCAGGAUCGGGAAAAGCCAGGUCCACAAAGGAGUGGGGUAUCCUCCUUACCUACCACAGAAGAAGAAGAGACCCAAAACAUCAACCCCCACAAACCUUCACAGCCCAUCCCCACAGGCCACUCUACAGAAUGGGCCUUCUCUCAGAACAGAAGUCCCAAACACUCAGAGGGACCCCUUACACCCAGUGGCAGGAAAGGAGGCCAUUCUAAGAAAACAAACGUGACAGUAGAUGAGCAGAAUUCACAGCAGGCGGAGGGACAGACACAGGAAACAGGGGAACAAGCCAGCAGAGAGAAGCUGGAGGACACAUUGAAUAAAGAGGUGGGAUCCCAGGACUCUCCUACUGUACAGAAAAUGAAAAGAGAAAAGUGAAUGAAGGGCAGGAGCAGAACCAGGAAGUCCUCUCCAAGGAGGCGGGGAAGGUCUUGAGGAAGAAGAAAAAGGAUCGGGUCAAAGAUCAAGCUGAGUUUGUUGUCGGAAAACCUAAAGGCCACGUGGACGUGGAGAGGACGAAGAAGACCAAAGAGACUAAAGGCCACUUGGACGUGGAGAGGACGAAGAAGACCAAAGAGACUAAAGGCUUAUCUGAGACGUCUCCAUCUGCUCUGAGUCUUGAUGGAGAUGUGAAGGACACCGAAGACGAUAGUGCUGCACUAAACACACAUGAAGAGGAACAUAGUGACCUCGUCCAAUCCCCGAGAUCCCAUCACAGCACUGUAAACAGGAGCUCCUCAUCCAAUGGGCAGUCAGGUCAGAGUUCACACAGAUCUAACUCCUGUGAGGACGAGGUUUUACCGUGCGGACAACGACGGUCCUCUCAUGACCAACUGUCAUCCUGCUCGGUUGUCAUGACAGCAGAAACACAAGCAUUAAAUCUGGUCAUAUCUGACGCCAGCAUCAGUACUGACAAGAACAGAGGAGAGGCAGCAGCCCAUAUGGAGCAACAGAAGAAUGUGUUGGCUGAGAAGGCAGAGCGUCGCCGACUAGAGGUGGAGAGGAAGAGGAAGGAGAGAGAGGAGGAGAGGAGGAGGCAGCAGGAGAGGGAGGAAAGAGAGGAGUGCAUGAGGCUGGAGCUGGAAG